CACCGGCGCCCUGGGGGUAAGGCGCCACGACCCUCUGCCCGCUGCGGUGUGAACAGGCCGGUCGCUCUGUACCCACUGCUGCCGACACAGCAGUGCUGAAGAGGGCGGCGUAGGAAGCCUGUGGAGUAUUUGGGGGACAGCGCCCGUGAGGUCUGUGAGGAGGGGGUGCUGGUGGCAGGAGCUGGAAGCCAGGAGGCGGUGCUGGGUAUCGCUGGCUGGGGGGGGCACCGAUGAGCACCAUCACCUCCGUGGUGGGACUGGUCAGACUUUCUGAAGCUUAGGCGAUGACAGUAUUUAGUGCACAAUGACUGGGACCAUAGCUUAGUCCUUCCUAGUCGUGUUUGGCGUCCCUUCCUUCUAGCCCGGGGAACACAGGGAGGUAUGGUGAAUCUGUGUGUGGUUUUUUAACCCCUUCUUGAUAAACAUUUUGAGGGAUGGAUCAGUAAUUAUGUAGCAGUAAUCCUAAAGAAACUGGGAAAAAAAAACAAACUUUACUAUAAAUUCUCUUUCAAUUUGUUCUUAAAAUGUGAUACUUUGGGCACUAAACACAUCUACCAGCCCACAGCAUACAACUGUCAGACAAUAGAGUUUACACUGCCGCCACACUAGUGCUGCACUGGUAUCCAGCUACUCCUCUCUGAUAUUGAUAUGUUUGUCCUCCCAAAGCCAGUUCUGUGAACUCCUACACGGGAUCUUUCAUAUUCUAUGAGCUUUGCUUCCUCAUCAGCCCAGUAAUUCUGUGUUGUGCCCUCUACCAGGAAGCUAAAUCUGGUUUUGAAGAUUGAAGUGGCAUUUCAUAUUGGUCAUCUACGGAGAGGGCAACGGACGCUUUGUGGAAGAAAAUCUGUAAGGCAGUAAAACAGAUAUGUAUAUACAAAAUGCCGUAUUUUGGUCUUAGUAAUUCUCCCUCUAAAUUCGGCAAAGUAGUGCUUCAUGGCAUGAGAUUCUGCUUUAAAAAAUAAAAGAAAAUACGCAGAGGUACACAAUGAGAGGAGCACUGAAGAGCACAGUCAGCCUCCAAUCCAAAACUGUAGUUCUUACAGCUUUGCCUAUGGGAGUUGGGACUGAUCUUUUGUGUACAUGGAUGGCAGUAAGUGUGUGCAAGAUCAGCACCUGAAGUGGGUAAUACAGGAGGUAACAGCACAGUAGGAAGGUCAGAUUUAAAAAGGGAAAAAAGUGUCGUACAGUUUUGCACUUUUAGCAGCUAAGACAGACAUCUCAGAUAAGGGAGGAGUUUAAGUCCUGCUUUUGAUGGGCUGAAUAUACCUAAUAACAUAGAGGAGAGGUUAAGUUAAAAUGCAAGCCUUCAUUUCAUGGGUUAGUGAAUUGAGCAGUGAAAUAAAUCACUGAAAAAAGAAAACAACAGAGCAUUCUUUAGGAAUUUAGUUUGGGAAUGUAGUAUGCUUCAGCCAUUGGAAAGAACUUUCCCCUGAAUUUUAAAAAUCCUUCAGAGAAUUACACAGUUUGAAAAAGAGACUUAUUUUAACUUUGUAUGGCUUUGUUAAUAUAUACCUUUAUUAUUAUCAUAGCAUGGCCAGGUCUGACAUCAUUUCUUCACAGUUUAUCCCAACAUUUCGAUAAAGAGCGCAGAGGUCUGCCUGGGAAGAUGCAUCGUGAAAUACAGAAGAUGAGGGAAGUUGCCCUUGUUUACCUGGACAGAAGCGGUGGCCUUCAGAAAUUCGUGCAGGAUUGCAAAAAAUACAGUGACUCAAAACAAAGUUACGCUGUUUAUCAUUUCAUUAUUUCAAUAAAUCCUUCUGAUAUUGCUGAAUUAGAUGCAACUCUUGGAAACCACAUUCUUCAUAAUCCCAUACAAGCUGCACAGAUUUUCCAGUCAAUCAGUAUAUUGCUGAAACCAACCCAUUUGCCACCUUUACCAAGUUACGUUCUGAGCCUUGCUGCGUUUCCCUUUAAUUACACAUCUCAAAGAUUUUACAUGUCUGAAGGAAUAGCAAUUGCAAUGGGAAUUGUAACGAAAUACACACAAGGAGCAAGAUUUCUUUGUACUGAGGAAACCUGCCAAUUUUCUAAAGGGUUUAGAUACAUAAGAGUGCAUCUGCCUGGAGCUACAGAGUCUGCCACAGUGAGGAAUGAUUUUGUGUGUAGCUUGUGUUCUUCGCCACUGCAGGAAGACAUGAAAUUUAGAGUACUUGGUGAUAAGCAAAUAGUUGAAAUGAUUGAUGCAAAAGUUCUGAAUGCUUUGAAAGGAUAUUCCAAUGAUAAAUCACAUUUCAGGAUUCAGACCUUCACAGUUUUCUUGAGAGAUGAACUGGCCAAUAAAAUGAAAAUAGGAAACCACUACAAGAUUAUAGGAAUUCCAGCUUGUGUACAGAAUGGCUUACAAGCUACAGCAUGUAUAGAAGUCAACAGCAUACAGCUCUGUAAACCAAGUGGUCCUUCUUUUGUCAGUGACAAUUUUAAGUAUCUGCUCUCACUGACUGCAAGUUCAUGCUGGAGGUUUACUGCCAUCCUUGCCAAUAUCUUUGCUUCUCAAGUUGUUCCACCAGGCACUUACAAUACUCUCAAGCUGGCAAUAUUGCUGAGUCUGGUACAGACGUGUGACAAAGAAAAUGCAGAUUACCUGGAUCUGUUGAUUGUGACAAGUGACACGCUGGUAAUUGAUAGGCUUCUGAAUUACAGCCUCUGUCUUCUGCCUCGUGGCAUACGACACCCACCUUACAGUGACAUUUUCCCUUCCGUGUCCAAAGACAAACACGGAACUGGAAGCGCCAGUAUUCAAGCUUGCAGUGCUGUGCUGGCCAAGGGUGGCAUCUGCUACAUAGGAGGCUUGGCUUCAUAUAAAAGGGAUAAACUUGAACUUCUACACUCCGUCCUAGAGAGCAGAGCAACAACGGUCUUCAUUCCUGGGAAGAAGUAUGGAGAAGAGGCUGACCAGCAAGUUACUAUUUCACUUCAGACCAACUUUUGGUCUUAUGUGGAUUCUUCCUCAAAGAAACAUAUACAAAAGGACAACUUUUUAAUUGGACAGAUGGACAUGAGUUUGAUUCCACCUAACCUUGUAGAUGGUUUUGGGCUUUUGAUACACGAUGAGUUUCCUUCAUGUCAACUAUCUUCACCUCUGGUACACCAUAUCUUGAAAAAAGCCAUUCAUCCUGAAGCCAUGCUGUACAAAGUCUCCCAGCAGUUCAGAAUGCAGGAUUAUGAGGAGUUUAUUUCGUUUGCUAAGAAUCUUCAUGUUGAACUAAGUCCAGAAGCAGAAAGCCUCAUUCAGGGCUACUAUCUCGCAAGUCGCAGAGUGAGAAGAGAUUCUGUGCAUGGAUCAACAUUAUCAGCAUCUGCACUAAAAAUUCUGAUUUCACUGUCUAAGGCUCAUGCUAAACUAAGUCUAAGAAAGAAAGUACUUGAAGAAGAUGCGUUGAUUGCCGUCUUGUUACUUGAAUCAUCUCUGACCCUAAAACACGGCAAGUCUGCAUUAUGCAUAGCACCAAAUCCUGUAUUUCCAUUUGACCUCAGUGAUGAAAACUCCCUGCAACAGAGAGACAGUUACCUCAUGCAGUGUCACCAUCAACUGCUGAAGUUCAUUGGUGCAUAUGGCCCAGGAAUUCACAUUAACACUAAUGAAGAGUGAAAAGUCCAUUGUGUAAGUAAG